UUUUAUCCUUAACACGGUGAUUAAAUGUUACACACUCCGGUUAGCUGCUGAAUCCUAAUGAUGUGAAACUCUCUGCAAACUCUCUCGUGUUAACAUUUUUAAUUGCCACCGUCUCGGUAUUGACAGAAGAAAAGGUAAAGAGAGGAUUUGCUCAGACAAAGUACCACCCUUGUUCAUUUAAUGACAUUUUAAGAUCUACAUCUGAAUCUGCUGUUGGGCUUAAUGAGGGAUAGAUCCUUCCUGCCCAGAGCUAAAGUCCUGUCUCUGUGGGAACACACAGAUAGCAGGUAGACUUUGUCCUGAACAGCACAGGAAGGCCAGCCGAGCCAGAUCCUGACCGUCGCAGCGAAGUGUGCAAUGGAUCAAAAUAAUGGCAGCCGUAACGAUGACUAUGGAGCUCAACCCCCGCCCUAUAAGCUCCAGGACAAUGUUCAGAGCCCAUACCCAGGGAUGAGCUAUCAGGUUGGGAAGGGGAACAUCGCAGUGGUCUCUCCUCCCAGCACUUAUGACAACAUGGUCCAUCCUGAGGGCCAGGUGGCCAGAGGAGGGCUGCAGUUUAGUGAAGCACCACCAGACUAUUACCAAGACUGCCAGGAUGACAACUGCUUCAGUGAUGCUGCCAUAAGAAGAGGUUUCAUAAGGAAGGUCUACCUGACCUUGAUGAUCCAGCUUCUUGUCACCGUUGGGAUCAUCUGUGCUUUUCUCUAUUGGGAGGCUCUCAGAGAAUGGACAUUGGACAACGAAUGGUUCUCCUACACCAUGAUGGCGGCAGUUAUGGUGCUCAUCGUGGCCUUGUCCUGCUGUGACAACCUCCGUCGUCAAGUCCCCCUCAAUUUCAUUGCCCUGGGCUUGUUUACCAUCGCAGAGGGCCUGAUGCUUGGAUCUGUGGCAGUGUACUUUGAGGCCGAAGCAGUCCUUUGGGCUGUGGGGGCCACAGCGUUGGUGUCCUUCUCUUUAAGUCUGUUUGCCAUGCAGUCAAGAUGGGACUUCACCGCAGCCAACGGGUGCAUGUGGGCAUUUGGCUGGACCCUCAUAUCCCUUGCAUUGCUCUGUGGGAUUAUGCGAUCCCAGUACCUUUACAUUGUGUAUGCCUGCCUGGGAACCUUGCUAUUUUCCAUUUACAUGGUGAUGGACACCCAGCUCAUACUGGGCGGGAAACACAGGAAAUACGCCGUCUCCCCAGAGGAGUACGUGUUUGCAGCUCUCAGCCUGUAUCUGGAUAUCAUCACCCUGUUCCUCCUCCUGCUCCAGCUCAUCGGGCUCUGCCGCUGACACCACCGUGCCUCCCUCGCACUGACGCACGAGUCUGCUUUUCAAGAGGAAAUCUAAUUUUGGGUGAAAUUUCCUGUCUAUGAUGGUUGAGUAUGUAUCAAGGUUAGUAUUACAUGGAUCUGAGGAGGGAAAAAGGGAUCACACUGUUCCCAGCGGACCAUCAAGUCUGGAUAUCAAGUCCUCCGUUGCUGUCUGCAUAUUAUUCAUGUAUAGCUAACCUUCACACAACGUGGCACCGUCACAUCUGUCUUAGCCAGGCCAUUUGACUGUAUGGAAAAUCGCUAUUUUGAAGAAAGCAAAUUCCAAUGAAAGUCAACAUAUUGAAGUGUUUGAUCAUUAAUGUGGUUCAAAUGCUAAGGCCCUCAACUAAAUGGAUAAGCAGUUUGGUGAAUAGGCAGAAUACAUCUUUUCAUUGUCAUUCAGAGAAACAGAAAAUGCAACCUAUUGAAGAUCUGCGCAGAGCAAACACUUAUCUUUCUAAAAGAAUGCUUAGUCGGCCAUUAUCAAGGAGUUGUUCUGUUCAGCAAAACUUACUGUGUGCAAAAUACUAUACAUGUUUAAUUAAUAUACAACGGCUACUGAGCCCCUGAGCCAGCACAGGAUGGGGAGCUUUUCCCUCAUUAAAAAGACUCCACUAACCAUUAUCUACCUGAUACACCUUUCAGAUUUGGUCGACCAUCUGUUUUAAACCACUUGAAAUUUGAGAAUUAGUAUUACUAUGGAUUUGAGAGGAAAUAAGAUUAAGUAUAUUUAGAAAUGAGGUAAAAUACAAGGUAAUAUAGCUUUCCUGUCUGGACACAGAAAUCUGAUCAAGUUAACAUUUGGAGCAGAGCGCAUGUGGCCUCAGAUACAACAACAACAUUUGUGGUCUGAGUUGCAGUCUGCUUUAUGAUGCUCUACCAGAAGCAGCACUACAUUAGUUCAAAUGCACAUUUUUUUGUUUUAAAUGUUUAAUCUAUACAAAGUAGUGUGAUCUGAUGCUGGCUCACUUGCAGGAAAUAUUGUAUGGGUAGUUUCCUAGUUCAGGAUCAGGUUCACUUUUUCAAACUGAGAACUGUUCUCUUUAUAGACUUUCACAACUUUUCAGGAUAAGCACUUCCACAAUACAGCUAACCUUGGACAAAGGCAGUGCAAUCUUUAAUACUUUAGUGCCUUUUGUUGUUUAAAAACUGAAUAUGGACAUAAUAGCACUUUUUUAAAUUCAUAAUUUAUCUUGGAAAAACAAGUGAUACCUUGUCAAACAAUCUCACACUUCAUACUAGUCCCGUUAUACUUAAAUGCACGUUUCCUAUGAUAACCUUAAUAAAGUAGGUAAAUAUAUAAUUGAGACUGAAGUAACGUUGACUACUGUGUUUCACAAUAAAAAAAAUACAAA